AAGUUAUGAGACCAAAAAAAAAAGAAAAUCUAGAGUAGAAAAUCACUCGAGCAGUAAAAUGAGUGUUGCAAAAAUGCCGUUAUGGAGUGUUGUGAGGAUUAAAUGGGCUGUAGGGGGUGGGGACUGGGCGAAGUCUUGCAGUUAAGCAGCUAUUAGAAGAUUGGGCCUCCUCCUCCUUCUCCUCUUCCUUCUUCUCCCCCUCUUCUUACCCUCCCACCUUCCCCUGCCGGCCGAGCCUUUGCAGUCCAGGCCGCCAAGGACCAUCCGCCUCCUUCGCUGGGAGAGGAGACGCCGACACCUCCAGCCUCCUUCCCUUCCUUCCUUCCUCCCUUCCUUCUGUCUCCAUCAUCUUCUUCAGUCACGGCCCCACUGGAGGUCGCCAAGCGGAAGCGUUGCUUGCCCCCGUCAUCAUCUUAAACAACUUUUGUAAAUUGUCACCAUGUACCUGGAAAACACAAGCAACCUGGACCUGGAAAAGUCCCAGGCCUCAGCGCCGGGCCACCAAGCCGCUGGGAAUUUCGGCGAGCUGCGUCUGCUGCAGGGCAUCUCGGAGCGGCGGGAAACGCAGAAGCUGCAGCAACAGUCGGCGGCUCUGCCUACGGGACAACGCGUCAUCCACGCUGAGGCCUUCCUGCCCGUUCGACAAGAAGACGGGCACAAUUUCAACAUGGUUAAUAUUCUCACCGGCAAGAGGAAUUCGGCUAACCUCUCCGAAAGGUCGCCUCUGCUCAGGUUUUCACAAGAUGACAGCGUGGCAUACAUGACCAUGCAUAAUCCCAGUUUCUACGGCGGCGAGGAACCUUGGGACAGCAGCGCCAUGGACCUGGAGAGGAGGUACCGCUUGGGCAGCGAGGUGACCAGUCUGUCCCUGCUGCGCUCCAACUCGUCCGACAAGAACGACCCCCUGGAGCACCUCAGCCUCAGCUUCAAGCUCGCCAGAAGUUUCAAAUGGUGUUUCCGUAUCUCCAAAGUGGCCAUCAUCUUCACAAUUGUUGUUCUUUGCAGUCUGCUCUUCAGUAUGUAUCCCGAUCGGGACAACCCUUGGAGGAUGCUGGCCGUCUCGUCAACCGACAGCUUCUCGAUGAACCUGACGGAGUUCCGCGACAACGCUCUCCUCAAGCUGCAGGUGGGCGGCCCCUUCAGCGGCGCCGUGGCGGACCCGGACAACCAGGAGUACGUGUUGGUUCAGGUGGAGCAGACUGACCCGCCGGGCCAGAGGAGGAGGAGGGCGCAGCAGGUGAUUUACAAUUGGACCAUUCCUUUGCACAGCGAGCGAAGCGACCAGAUGGUGCUGACCAAAACAUUUGAGAUGCUCAGCAGCGACCCCAUCACCAUCACGGUGCAGGCCUUCAUGGCGGACGCUGAGGUGGUGCCGCUCUCCAUCACCUACCAGUCGCUCUACUUCAGCGUGGAGACGCAGGUGGCCAUCGCCGGCAUCAUCCUGACGGGGGUCUACGUCCUCAUCAUCUUCGAGAUCGUCCAUCGCACCCUGGCGGCCAUGUUGGGAUCUUUGGCUGCUUUGUCCGCUUUGGCCGUGAUUGGUGACCGGCCCAGUUUGGUGCAAGUGGUGGAAUGGAUCGACUACGAGACUCUGGCUCUGCUCUUUGGCAUGAUGGUGCUGGUGGCCAUUUUCUCCGAGACGGGUUUCUUCGACUACUGCGCCGUCAAGGCCUACCGCCUCUCCAAAGGCCGCGUGUGGCCCAUGAUCAUUAUCCUCUGCCUCAUCGCCGCCAUCCUCUCCGCCUUCCUGGACAACGUGACCACCAUGAUGCUCUUCACCCCCGUCACCAUUAGGCUGUGCGAGGUGCUCAACCUGGACCCCAGACACGUGCUGAUCGCCGAAGUCAUCUUCACCAACAUCGGCGGCGCGGCCACAGCUGUGGGUGACCCGCCAAACGUCAUCAUCGUGUCCAAUCAGGAUCUGCGCAGACAAGGCAUCGACUUUGCCAACUUCACCGGCUACAUGUUCUUGGGAAUAUGCCUGGUCCUCUUCACCUCCUUCCCGUUCCUGCGCAUGCUCUACUGGAACAAGAAACUCUACAACAAGGAAUCCAUCGAAAUUGUGGAGCUCAAACACGAGAUUCUGGUGUGGAGGCAGACGGCGCAGCGCAUCAACCCCGCCAGCCGAGAGGAGACGGCUGUCAAAUGUCUCCUGAUGCAGAAAGUGCUCAACCUGGAAAGUCUACUGCGCAAGAUGAUGAAAACAUUCCAGAGAGAAAUUUCCCAAGAGGACAAAAACUGGGAGCAGAACAUUCAAGAGCUGCAAAAGAAGCACAGAAUCACCGACAAGGUGCUCCUGGUCAAGUGCGUGUCGGUGCUGGCCGUGGUCAUCUUGAUGUUCUUUGUCAACUCCUUUGUUCCCAGCAUACACUUGGAUCUCGGUUGGAUCGCCAUCCUGGGCGCGCUGUGGCUUUUGGUCCUGGCCGACAUCCAGGACUUUGAGAUGAUCUUGCACCGCGUGGAGUGGGCUACGCUUCUCUUCUUCGCUGCCCUCUUUGUCUUGAUGGAGGCUCUGGCCCAGCUGCAGCUCAUCGACUACAUUGGCGAGCAGACGGCCCUCCUCAUCAAAUCGGUGCCGGAGGACCAGCGCAUGGCCAUCGCCAUCAUCUUGGUGAUGUGGAUCUCGGCCUUGGCUUCUUCUCUCAUCGACAACAUCCCUUUCACUGCCACCAUGAUUCCAGUCCUCAUCAACUUGAGUCAGGAUGCCGAUGUGAACCUACCAGUGAAACCGCUCAUCUUUGCCUUGGCCAUGGGAGCCUGUCUCGGCGGAAACGGCACGUUGAUCGGCGCGUCUGCAAACGUGGUGUGUGCCGGCAUCGCGGAGCAACACGGCUACGGCUUCUCCUUCAUGGAGUUCUUCAGGUUAGGCUUCCCCAUGAUGAUCAUGACGUGCAUGAUCGGCAUGUGCUACCUGCUGGCCACUCACAUCGGACUCGGCUGGAACAUGUGAUCCAGGACUUGAAGGUUCACAAGAACCAGACCACAAACCAGAAUCCGAAGAGGUCGGAGCGAAGACGAGAAGAAUGGCAACCGUUAGCACAAAUGUACAUUUUCCCUCUUCCAGUUGAACAGACAAUGAAUUGUUCAGUGUUGUCAAAUAUGGCCUCAAUCAUUAAACAAAAUAUUCCCCAAAAUAUAUUAUUUAUGUUUAAAGAAACCAUGACACCCAAUUAAAGGGAUUUUUAUAAUCGUUCAUGUAAAAUAUUUUUUCCACAUAGCCAUAAAAUAAUGUUGGCGGAGGGCGAUGAUUUAAUGCAGAUGAUUUUUAACUAAGAGGAAACCUUGAGAAAUCAAACGAUUAAACUUGGUGUUUUGAAA